GUAAUCACCAUAUCCACAGCAACUUAUAAACAUUAUCGGAGAAUUAACAUAUAUUAUCGUCGAGUGAUUGAUCGAGAAAAAUUGUGAGUGAGAAUGGCAUCAAUUAAGGAAACAGCGGCCAACGUUGCAGCCUCUGCUAAGGCUGGCAUGGACAAGACCAAAGCCACUGUCCAAGAAAAGGUAGAUAAAAUGUCAGCACAUGAUCCGGUGCAGAAGCAGAUGGCAACGGAGAAGAAAGAGCAUAAAAAAGCGGAGGCGGAACUGAACAAACAGGAGGCGCGUGAGCAUAAUGCAGCAGCCAAGCAAUCGGAGAAGGUUAGCGGUCAUGCUCCGUCGUAUACUACUGCUGGAGGAGGUGCAACUACUGGUGGAUAUGAGAAACAAACUCAUACCCACUCUGUGACUGGAGCUCCUGGUCACCCAACUGGGACCCAUCAAAUGUCUGCUAUGCCUGGGCAUGGAACCGGUCAGCCUUAUGGCGGGCAUGUUGAUUCAUCCGGGUUAGAGAGGACUGAGCCAACUGGGUUGCCCGGUCAGACCACGGGACACAACCCCCGUGUGUAGGGAUAGGGUGAACCUGCUGUUCUAUCCGUUUUAAUUAAUGUAUUUUGAUGUUUUUAGUUCGAAGUGUUUAUGUAUUAUGUAUUGAGUUGAAUAAAUUGAACGCUUCCAAUAUUUCUGUGUA